UUUCAUUUCAUUUCGUCCAACAUCCACUUCAGCAUUUAAAGUCUUCAAAUAUCAUCCAACAUUUUACCAUCUUUUACUUUACUUCACAACUUACAACCAUCAUCAUCAAAACCACCAAAACAUCAUGUUCACUCUCAAUCAUCAAAGCUUAAUCUUGAUUUCUUCAUGCUUACUUAUUAGUCAAUCUAAUGCUCAAGCUACUACUCAACAAACUACCGAAGUUCAAUCUAAAUAUGAUGCAUUGAAAUUAUCAGCUACUUAUCCUGAUGGGUUUGGUAUUCCACUUAAAGCUCAGGCUUUACUCAAUGUGGUUUAUCCAAGUGGAAACGUGAACCUUGGUCAACUUUACAACAAAUCAGAUGUUGCUACUAAGCCUACCAUCAGUGUUACUCCUCUUGCCGAUGCUGUAAACAACUUUAAAGCUCCCAACGCCUUUACGCUCGUCUUGACCGACGCCAAUGCCCUAGGAAAUCCAGACCCAGAAAAAAACUUCCGUCAUUUCUUAGAAAACCGUGCGACGUUUGUUGAUGCUAGUCAAAAUGGUACCAUGAGCUUGAACGAUGGAACAGGAACUGUUGUAACCUCUUACGUUGCACCUGGUCCACUUCUCAACUCGGGAUUACAUCGUUAUGCUUGGUUAUUAUUUGCUCAACCUUCAGGAUUCGCUGCUCCUUCUAACUUAUCAACGGCUAAUGUUGGACCUGGUCAUUGGGAUUUCAAUGCUUAUGUUACUGCAAGUGGAUUAGGUGAUUUAGUUGCCUCGAGCUUCUUUACCGUCCAGAAUGGAACGGUUUCAUUCUCGUCCAAUUCGACUACCACGUCUAACUCCACCACCAGCUCUGCUGGAAAUACCACGUCUACCUCAACCACAACUGCUAAACCUAACGGCACCACCGCUAGUUUUGCACCAGGUCAAUUUGUUAACAUGGUUGACAUGAUCAAGAUUGCUGCCGGUGGAAUUGCUUGUAUCAGUUUAUUACUGGUUUAGAUCAUUCAUUUUUGAUUCUUUGGAUAAAUUGAGAAUUGAAUUAUACAACCUUUUGAACAUCUUGUCUAAUCUCUAUCUUUCUAAGAUCUCAAUCAUUAUCUUAUCUUAUCAUUCUUUAUGUAUUUUGUUCUUUUGAUUUUAUUGUUUUGAUUGAUGCUUUUAUUUUCAUUUUUUGAAAAUCAAUCAAUCUUACGCAAAUUCAACUUAAUCAAAAUCUCAAUCUUAGCAUUGUUCUUUUAUUUCUAUUUUCUUUGAUUGACAUUCACAAAACGUUUUGUUCUGAAUCACGUGAAGGAAUUUUUGAUCAAAUGUCAACAUUUAUCCAUGGCAACAUUUUGGUUCACUUGAGGUGUUGGUUUUGAAAUGUAACAUUCGAAAGCUCUUGUCAACGAUAAAGGGUUGACUACUGAUAUC